GUAGGACUAGGGGAGUGCAUUUAAAAGUCCAAACAAUCUCUUUCUCUCUAGUCUCUACCAACCCCAUGCUCAUUUCCCAAUCUCCCCACCCACCCAAACUCUCCUUCCCCACCCACCUUGUUCCACUAUAAAUUACCUCCGCCCGCCCGCCCAAUCUUUCUCCGGUUCCCGGAAUAUAUACAUUCAUAUAUGCAUUUGUAACUUACAUUUUCUUUGUGGAAUGGACUUGGUUUUGGAUUCUGGGGCGGCGAAGAAGAUGGAUGGGGCGAGGAAGAACUCGACGCUCAUUUGUGCUCCGAUAAUGGCGGACACUGUGGAUCAGAUGUUGGAUCUGAUGGGUAGGGCGAAAUCAAGUCAAGCGGAUCUAGUUGAAGUCCGAUUGGAUAGCUUGAAGAGCUUCAAUCCUCUUCCAGACCUCCCCACUCUCAUUCAACACUCUCCAUUGCCUACUCUGUUCACUUACAGGCCGACAUGGGAAGGUGGUAUGUAUAACGGGGAUGAAAAUAGCCGUCUGGAUGCACUUCGCUUGGCAAUAGAGCUCGGAGCUGACUAUAUAGAUGUUGAGCUCAAGGCUAUUCACAAGUUUAACAGUUGUCUUCCUGGGAACAACCAUGGAAACUGCCAAGUAAUUGUUUCAUCUCACAAUUAUCAUAACACACCAUCGGUUGAGGAGCUUGGAGAUCUUGUAGCGAGGAUACAAGCAUCAGGAGCUGACAUCGUGAAAAUUGCAACCACUGCAUUGGAUAUUACUGAUGUAGCCCGUAUCUUUCAAAUCACUGUACACUCUCAAGUGCCAAUAAUAGCCAUGGUCAUGGGAGAGAAGGGUUUGAUGUCUCGCAUACUUUGCCCGAAAUUUGGUGCCUAUCUCACUUUUGGUACUCUGGAAGCUGGAAAAGUAUCAGCUCCUGGGCAGCCAACUAUUCAGGAUCUUUUGGAUUUGUACAAUUUCAGGCAGUUAGGACCAGACACAAGGAUAUUUGGCAUUAUUGGGAAUCCUGUUAGCCAUAGCAAAUCGCCUUUACUGUACAAUGAAGCUUUCAAAUCAGCCGGGUUCAAUGGGGUCUUUGUGCAUUUACUGGUAGAUGAUGUUGCCACUUUCUUCCACACAUAUUCAUCGUUGGAUUUUGCUGGUUUCAGUUGCACUAUUCCUCACAAGGAGGCUGCGCUUGAAAUUUGUGAUGAUGUGGAUCCAAUUGCCAAGUCAAUAGGGGCUGUAAAUUGCAUAAUAAGGAGAAAUACAGAUGGGAAGUUGUUUGGUUGCAAUACAGAUUAUGUUGGUGCUAUCUCUGCUAUUGAGGAUGGCCUGCGAGGUUCGCAUUGUGCUCCACUUGCCGGUUCACCAUUGGCUGGGAAAUUAUUUGUGGUAAUUGGUGCUGGUGGUGCUGGAAAAGCACUAGCAUAUGGUGCAAAAGAAAAAGGAGCUAGGGUGGUUAUAGCUAACCGUACAUAUGCUCGAGCCAAAGAGGUGGCAGAUGUAAUUGGAGGACAGGCCUUGUCUCUUGCCGAGCUUAGUAAUUUCCAUCCGGAAAAAGACAUGAUUCUAGCAAACACCACCUCCAUUGGAAUGCAACCAAAAGUUGACGAGACCCCAGUUGCUAAGGAAGCCUUGCAAUACUAUUCACUUGUGUUUGAUGCUGUCUAUACACCAAAGAUAACUAGAUUAUUGAGAGAAGCUGAAGAAUGUGGGUCAAAAAUUGUCACCGGUGUAGAAAUGUUCAUUGGGCAAGCAUAUGAACAAUACGAAAAGUUCACAGGAUUGCCUGGUUAAAGCACCAGGCAUUAAACUAGACUUCAAAUGAAGCAUGUGAGGGACUCAGCUCAGCAAUACAGCUUUGUGCCAGUGGUUUAUUAAGGAAAAAGAAUAUCUUAAUGGAAACCGGUGUGGGAAUGAGGGGAGGUGUAGUUAUGGAAGGCAAAGUGUGUUCAAUUUCAAUUUCAAUACCAGGGUUUUCACAAAAUGGCAGAGAAGUGAAGAUUAUGUUGACAAUUGCAACCUCAAAUUUUGUUGAUUUUAGGGUCAAAAAGUUUGACUCCAAAGUCAACAAAAUUUGGGGUUGCAAUUGACGUAUGUGCAGAGAAGCGUUAUAAUCGGACUCCACCUGGGGGGUUAGGGCUUUAGG